ACCGAACAUAACCCGAGUACCCAAAUUGACAGCAGCAUGGUGGAGUAAGUACAUAGUCCUUAGUCCACGAAGUGACUUCACGCCUGCACCCCCGUUUCCCUUUUUCUCUUUCCAUUCCAUCGAAGCCUUACCCUGAGUUCUCCAUUGAAUCACCUUCUAACUUUCUCUCCUCCAUUGAAGCAGCUUCUCAGCUUCGAAGAUGAAGGUGUUCGAUGUUGAGGCUCACACACUUUCGCUCUUCCUCUUCACUGACGUCACCAAUUCAAAAGAACUUUUGGACUUAAUGCAAACAGGAAAUUUGGUGCCAGAAGUUGCUUUUCUUAAUGCAUCUCUUAUUCCUGAUGCCUUCCCUGUUCUAGCAGCUGCCUACAAGGCUCUACUGUCUAAAGGACGGGAAACUCUCACAACAAGAACACUUCAUUCUGAGCUGGUUUACAAUUAUUCAGGAUCUAAGCAUAUUACGGAAUCUUUAAAAAGGUGUGGCAUUUCUGAUAGUUGUACCUAUAUCCUUGCCGCAUGUUUCGAUGCUUCAGCAAAUGAGAUAAAAGCCAUUCAAGACAUUGUCAAGGGAAAUGAGAUCAAUUUGGAGGAAUUAGCAGGAAGAGCAAAUCAAUGCCAAAUUCUAAAGCAUUACAAAAUAUCCAGCUUGGAAUUGGGAUUAGGCUCACUCGGGGAUGCCAUUACGUGUCGAAUUGCUGCUCGUGAUGCUUUAUGAAGAAAGGGACUUCUUAAAAGCUUUUCAUUUUGUGUUAAACUACGUCCAAUGUACAUUUCCUUAUGCGAGUAUAUUUUACAUCACUUAAGUUUUAGAUUUUGACAUUUUGUUGAUGAAGAUUUGUAUUUAUGAUUUUAUGGUCAAUAUAUUGGCCACCAAUUUUGUCUGCUUAGUCUAUAUGAGCAAACUUUUUGUCUGUGUUUGGGAGUCUGUUCUGGUUA